GCGAGUGGCGGCGGGUCUGAGCGGCUACGCUGCGCCGAGAACGGUCUGGGGAGUGAGCGGGUACCGCUGUCACCACGGGCUGCGGGGACCCUCUGGAGUCUCCUAGCGGACGGAGGGCGCGCCGUGGGUCUGUGCGAGAGGUUGGUUGUUCAAAGCUCUGCAGGCCAUAAUGACUUCAAAUAAAGCAAUUGAAUUACAACUGCAAGUGAAACAAAAUGCAGAAGAAUUACAAGACUUUAUGAGGGAUUUAGAAAACUGGGAAAAAGACAUUAAACAAAAGGAUAUGGAACUAAGAAGACAGAGUGGUGUUCUUGAAGAGAAUUUACCUCCUAUUCGAAAUGGGAAUUUUAGGAAAAAGAAGAAGGGCAAAGCUAAAGAGUCUUCUAAAAAAACCAAGGAGGAAAACACAAAAAAUAGGAUAAAAUCUUAUGAUUAUGAGGCAUGGGCAAAACUUGAUGUGGACAGUAUCCUUGAUGAACUUGAUAAAGAAGAUACUACCCGCGAUUCUGUGUCUCAAGAAUCAGAGUCAGAAGAGGAUGGGAUUCAUGUAGAUUCACAAAAGGCUCUUGCUCUAAAAGAAAAGGGUAAUAAAUACUUCAAACAGGGGAAAUACGAUGAAGCAAUUGAGUGCUACACAAAAGGCAUGGAUGCUGAUCCAUAUAAUCCUGUGUUGCCAACAAAUAGAGCAUCAGCAUACUUUAGGUUGAAAAAAUUUGCUGUUGCUGAGUCUGAUUGUAAUUUAGCAAUUGCCUUAAGUAGAAGCUAUACAAAGGCUUAUGCUAGACGAGGUGCUGCUCGAUUUGCUUUGCAAAAAUUAGAGGAUGCUAAAAAAGAUUAUGAAAAAGUAUUAGAAUUGGAACCAAAUAACUUUGAAGCAAUGAAUGAACUCAGGAAAAUUAAUCAGGCUACAACAUUCAAAGAAAACUCAUAUCCAAAGGAAGCUGCUAUAGUGACUAAGUCAGCUGAUAGAGAGAAAAAACAAAUUGAAGAACAGAAAAAUAAGCAGCAGGCCAUUUCAGAAAAAGAUCUGGGGAAUGCAUUUUUCAAAGAGGGGAAAUACGAAAGAGCAAUUGAAUGCUAUACUCGAGGAAUAGCAGCAGAUGGCGCUAAUGCCCUUCUUCCUGCUAACCGAGCUAUGGCCUAUCUGAAGAUUCAGAAAUAUGAAGAAGCUGAAAGAGACUGCACACAAGCUAUUUUAUUAGAUGGCUCUUACUCUAAAGCUUUUGCCAGAAGAGGAACUGCAAGAACAUUUUUGGGAAAGAUAAAUGAGGCUAAACAAGAUUUUGAAACUGUGUUACUUCUGGAGCCUGGAAAUAAGCAAGCAGUAACUGAACUUUCCAAAAUUAAAAAGGAAUUAAUUGAGAAAGGACAUUGGGAUGAUGUCUUUCUUGAUUCCACACAAAGACAAAAUGUGGUAAAACCCACUGAUAAUGCACCUCAUCUUGGAUCAGUUAAACCACUCAAGAAGGUUAUUAUUGAAGAAACUGGUAAUUUGAUACAGACUAUUGAUGUGCCAGAUAGCACUACUGCUGCUGCUCCAGAGAGUAAUCCUAUUAAUCUAGCAAAUAUAAUAGCAGCCACAGGCACUGCCAGUAAGAAGAAUUCAAGCCAAGAUGACCAUUUGCCCCCAAGUGAUACUCCAAGAGCAAAAGUAUUGAAAAUAGAAGAAAUCAGUGAUACUUCAACACUGCAACCGCAAGUCAGUUUGAAACAGGACAUUAGCCAGUCUUUGAGUGAGAAGAUUUCUACAAAGGGAGAGCAAGUACCUGCUCAGUUUGUCACAUCUGCUCUGCCUCCAAUUCCUGCCAACUCAUUCCAGCUUGAAUCUGAUUUCAGACAACUGAAAAGUUCUCCAGAUAUGUUGUAUCAGUAUUUAAAGCAAAUUGAACCAUCCUUGUACCCUAAGUUGUUUCAGAAGAAUCUAGAUCCAGAUGUAUUUAACCAAAUUAUUAAAAUUCUGCAUGACUUUUACAUUGAGAAAGAAAAGCCAUCACUCAUCUUUGAAAUCUUACAAAGACUUUCUGAACUAAAAAGGUUUGAUAUGGCAGUAAUGUUUAUGUCAGAACCUGAGAAAAAGAUUGCACAUAUAUUGUUCAAUCACAUAGACAAAUCAGGAUUGAAAGAUAAUUCUGUUGAAGAACUCAAAAAAAGAUAUGGUGGUUGACAUCUAUUUUUACUAAAAUCAUUGUUUUUGACUUCCACAUGUAAAUUUUUUCUACUGAAAAUAAAGUGUUUUGGUUUUUAAGAAAAUAAAAUCAUAUAGGAAAGAACUCAUUUUGGACAUAAAUUAAUUAAUUUAAAGUGAAUUGUGGUCUAACCAGUGAGAAAUGUAUUCUGGUAAACUAUUUGUAAGUCUUUCUGAAAAUAAAAAUAUAAUAAUGACAUUUAUUUUUAAGCAUCAGUAUUUUGUUAAUAAA